GAUGACCCGGACAUUUGGUCUUUUGAUGACCUAACUAAGAACAUGGAGAAAUUUGGAAAUGCAGUUUCUUCCGAUUCUCCGGUUGGUACGGGCCUAUAUCUUGAUGGAUCCGAAGGCACAUACGUCAAGAUCAAACAACACAACAAGAAGUGUUUGAAACAUCCGUCAAGCUGUGACAUAUCCGUAGGGUUCUAUUUCAAGAUAUAUCACAAAUCUGGUAGCCAACUCAUCUUCGGCAACCAUGAGAUGCCGAAUAAUAGGACUAUAAUUUACGAAGGUGUAAAUAUAUUUUACGAUAAUUAUAGAAUUCACACGUAUGUUUAUGGCCAGGAAAAGUAUUGUCAAGUUUCAUUUCACCCACGCCUUGGAGUGUGGUUCUACCUUGGCUUGGUGUGGGAGAAGGCUGGCAAACUUGCCUUCAACGUUGAUUUUUGGUUUACUUACACGCACAGAAAAAACUGCGGCGAUAGCCCAAAUGGAUUGUUGACAAAUGGAGACUACUUUUUAGGCAAAGAAACAUUUCCCGAUGCUUACUACAGGGAUUUGACCAUUUGGUAUUCAAAGCAGUCAUCGAGUGUUCUACACGAGAAAUGGGCAGUUGUCUUUCGUAAGUAUAUGUAUUUACAGUCAUGAAAAUGCUCUUUUGAGGUUUGCAAGAUAGAUAAUGAUUGCAACACAAAUAUGUGUCAUCUCAAAAAUAUAUGUUCACCAAACAUGACCUUUGCAAAAUCGCGAAAUUUUGAUGUUUAAGGCAUUCCUUAUUACUAUUUCUCUCCCUUGGCUUAUUUCCCAUGUCAGUAACAUUUUUCUCUCCGGAUGUUUAACUUAAAGUCUUUGCACAAAUGGCAAAAAGAAUUUUAGGCUUGCCAGUCAUGUGUCGUUUUUUCUCCCAAAUGUCUCUCGAGGAUGUAUCUUCCUUUUCAAUCCAUUAGUAUAAUGAGUUAAAGCAAAGUGUUUGAGGCAUCUCUGCGUUCCUCUUCGCUGGAAUACAAUGUUCUUCAGUCUGUACAUUUUUUAUAACAAUCAUUCCGUGGCGUCUGAUUGUGGUGAUUAAUAUUAUUGAUUUUAAAACUUGCCAUCUCGUGCGUAUGUCCAGAGACCAGAGGAGGAUGCAGAUCGCGAAGUACCCACCCGUCAACCCGUUGCAAAACCUGCCCGGCAACCUCGUCCGCACUUCUUUUCUUCGAAAAUGUGAGGGGAAAGCCCUGGGGAAGAGGUUACCUUCGCAGAACAGAGCAAUUAAGAAGCCUGAAGACGAGGUAGCACUGCCCCCCGCCCCCCACCCCCUCUCAAAAAUUGCGCUGAUCCUAUGGGCUUUCUUAACUUGAUUAAGUAGUGCGAGAAGAUGUAUCCUCCUUCUCGCGUUUGCGACAGCUUGCAUUGGCGAAAACAUAUCACUUGGCUACUGAUCUUGGAAGCGUUAUUUAAUAGAUAAUACUAUAAAUAACUGUCUGCUUUAAACUAGGAGAACUAACCAGGAAACGGUUGUAUUGUUUUGUCCUCUGUCUACAGAUACUAGUCCUGACACACAUGUUCGCUUGAAAAUUAUAUUCUCGGAUUUGGCCUAUGAUCCUGCAAGUGUUCUGCAGUGGAAGAAUAACUUCACCGCCGAAGUAAGAUGUAACUUAAUCAUUCUACCCCAUAUAUAUCCGAGACUGUUGGCCUUGAAUUUUAGUGUAGAGAAACUACAUAAUAAUAAGCCAACAAGCACUUUAUAAGCUUAGAGUUGCAAUCAGUCUAGCCAACUAACACAAUAGAAGAGGCAAGGAAGGUAAACUAGCAUAUGAGUUACACGUUGACAUAACGCUAGGCCAUUUUGAAGCAGCCUGCGUAGCUGGCGGUAUUGUCUCGAUGCGCGAUUAAAGUUUCGGCGGCGGAGCCGUGAUCCAAAAAAGGGAGUGGGGACGAGGCGUCAAAUCUCAUUCGACUACCGCGAGCUACGCAGGCUAAUUUUGAAGCAGAGAAACGCGUUUUUCGACAUGAAAAAUACAUAAAGCUACUAAAGCAGCAGAGUAUCUGAAUACAACAUACUUUAAAGAUCAAGUAUCCGCAGUGUCUACUUUGAGCAAAAGUUUGUUAGUGUUAAUUUUCUGUGUAAACAAACGAGGAAGAAAUAGUAACGACAAACCGCAAGACCUCUAUAGGUUAGCUGCAGCCACGCCCCCUAUACCGUGUUAGGGGUGUGAGAUCAUUUGUACGCCUGAGUGGUGUUCUUUUGCCAUCCGCUGCUUUGAGGUUAUAAUCAUAUUAAAACGCAUUCCAUUCGAUUCAUGCAAUUCUUUAUUUUUUACAUUACAGGUGAAAACGUUAUUCAGUGACGAUGCAGCGAUUGAUAACGUAUCAGUGUCAGACAGGUAAAGGGAUACUUGCGGCCUGUUUACAUGGAGGUGGGGACCCACGUUGGUGAGGUAACCCACCUGUCCAUAUAAUCUUUCAUAUGGUCACGCCAUAAACGUGAUCAAAUUAAAAUGAGAGAUCAUAUGGACAGGCGGGUUACCUCACCUCCCUGGGGUCCCCUACCUCCAUGUAAUCAGGCCCUUGGUCUAUGUAUUUUAUAUUGUAUUAUAAAAGGAGGCCAUAACCUGGAGCAGGCGCUAGCCAGGUUCCGUGGUCUCGUGUGACGGCGUUUUCACGGACCAGUUUAUUUUUUAGAACGGUUUUGGCGCGAAUUUUGAAUAUCUUUCAAACUGUACAAACCAGUCAUCAAAACCUACGACCUAAAAAUGAUACUUUUUGCCUUUUAAUAAUAUUUAGUUUUCCUCUUUGAUAUCUUAUACUUCGAAUGUGCUCAUAGACAUGGGGGACAUUCUAUUUUCGCAGUAAAAAGUGCCCUAAAAUUUGUCUAAAAAUAAACUGGUCCGUAGAAUCUUCGUGACAUAGGCAUAGUAUGAGAGUUCCUCGCUCCGGGUUAUGGGCUCCUGAUUAUAAGUAAUACAAUGACAAAUGCCUUUUCCAUUCCUUAGCGUCCACUCAGUACUUGAAAUAACUCUGUUGUCUCAGCGAUCAUUCAGAGUUCAUGUAAUACGCUACAACAAGGAUAACGAUGUUUUAGAAUGGUAAUUCCUUCCUUUAGUACUUUGAAAGACAACUCCUGGUCAAUUUUGUCAUCAUGGCGGAGCUCGUAAGAUUACAACACCUGUACUAUACUAGAAGCACGCUUCUCGCAAACCCUCGCCUUUGUAAUGCUCCAGGAUAGAACUCUUUAGCUUGAAUGUUUUGUUUUCCCAGUACGGGUCAUGUGAUAAUACUCUAGAGAACCUUUUCUUUCAAGUGCAUAUGUACGCAUAAGUCAUGAAAAGACAAAAGGUCAAGCUCCCCUGGGACCUCUAUUGGGAGAACAAAACAUACAAGCCAAAGAGGUCUAUCAUAACUGGUUUACAUGGUGACGUUUUUUUUUUUUCCACAAAACUAUUUAUUUUCGAUCUGACGUUUGGGGUAUAAAGUCAAAGUAACCAAUAUAUUAAAGCUGUGACUCUUAAUCUUAAAACCCAACUACGAAAUGGUCUCAUUUACUUAUUUUUCAGUGGUGGUAAUACUUCAGUAUCGUUUGAAUUAAAGUUUACGAGCAUAUCAUGGCAAACAAUGCUUGCGCUACAGUUAGCUUUGGAGAACGGCACCUUUCUUGGGUCACGUGGCGUAUUUGACGAAGCUGGUUGUAGAAGCCUGAAUGAUAUCAUCUGUAAGUUGGAAUUAGAUCUAAAUUGACCCUUCCAUAGUCUGCUACACAGCCGUUUUUUAGUGUCGUCACGCAACGCUCCUGCGUGACGACACUAAAAACGGCUGUGUGGCAUUACACGGGUUUUUCAACUUUUGACUGGGACUAGUUAACGAAAAUCCUUGUUAUCCUUGUUAAAGUUACCAUGUUUGAAAAUGAUUUGUUGAAACUAACGAAGACGUAUAUAGCACCGCAAAGUCGCAUAAUUUUACAGACGUUUAUGUGGUGGGGCAAUUUUUGCGCCCCAACGAUACAAACGUCUCUAAAAUUUCGCGACUUUAUGGAGUAGUAUCGUCCUUCGCUUUGGAUAUUCGCUAACUUGGAAAAAACUGAAGUAACUUGAAAACCUGAUGCAUGGUAGGGUCUAUUGGCCAAGAGAAAAAACAAUUUAAUACGUUUUGUAAUUAAAUGCAGAUAUUACAUUUGCUUUUCAGUUUUUUGUCAGGUACCAAAGAACGUUCGGGCAUAUAGAGUAACAUACUGGCAAGUCUUCAUUCGCAUGGACCCAGUUAUUCAGGAGACACAUGAAGGGUAUUUUUACGCCUACCGAGUCUUGUACAAAAAUCUCGACGAUCCCACAUCAUCAUGGAAGCUAAUUUCUAACUACCGAAGAAACGAUCCACCUAUACACCCAGUUGCCCAAGAGCUAGCUCCUUAUACAAAUUACAGCUUUCGCGUUAUGGCGUCAUCAUUUCAGUCGGAAGGUCUCAUUUCAGAAGCUUUCCAAGAAAGAACUCACCAGUGGGGUAUGUAUAACUGAUUAUUGUUCAUUGUCGGCAUAUAUUUGGGUUCCUUUGUUCUUGGGAGCUGGGGCCUCUUUUGCCAAACAAUCUGUGAGCGAGAAAGAUAUGUGAGUAUGUAUGCUUGCGGCGAAGUCGCGAGCCACGAUUGGUGCGGGCGCCAGCACGAGCGCAAACACAACUCGAUGCUCGCGGCUCAGCUCUGCUAGUAUACUCACAUGUCGCGCUUGCUCACAGAUUUUCGGGCAAAAGAGAGACUGAACGCAGUCUAUCCUAAGGCAUCCAAGGGAAGUUCUCUCUCACUGCUUGAUUGAUAAUACUUCCAGCAAGAUGUGGGUUGCUCCUCAGAGUGUCGUCAUCACAUUACUUAUGUCUAUUGAACAAAUACCGGUGGUGUAGUAUACAGACAACUAAAGGUCCCCGGGGGGGGGCAGGCGAAGGCGUUUCGGAGAAUAAUGUCAUUCGGUUUUGAGGAGCAGAUGUUUUUCGUUUCACUUAGUAAAAAAGGGAAGAUCGUAGAGUGCCACAAAUAUUCAGCCUUCUACAUUUAACCAUUGACAACAGUAUAGUAAUGCCUUGACAAAUGUUCCCAUUAAUCGAUUGCUACAAGUCGCUUAAGGAAAAUUCUACUUUUACAUCACACAGUUCCCUCAGUUGGUCCAGAAAUUGUCGCUUACUACAACACAAGCCCCUCCACAGUUUAUGUUCAAUGGAACCAUACCAUUCCAGACAGUGAAGUGAACGGUAUUCUGAUUGGCUACCGAGUUUCGUGGGAUGAUAGUGUUGCUGACCAUCCUCAAAAAAAUAAAGCACAUAAAGAUUUGGGGCUGGAAGCUACAAAUUACACUGUUAUGAAACUUCAUGAACACUGGCGUUACGAAAUCGGCGUUGCUGGAAGGACGGCUGUAGGACCAGGGGUAUUUAAAAGAAGAAUAAUCAUGACGCCUGAUGAUGGUAAGAAAGCCGGAGGACUCUCAUUGAUGUCUUGUUCGAGAAGGCUACGCCUUAGCACUUGUAAAUUGUAACUGUAAAUAUCUUAUUAUGCACUUUCUCAGGGCUUUUCAGGGAUAAUUUGCAACACUUGUUGGGGAACUUUUGCCAGACUGUUUAUAAUGCAGUUUACAAGUAAUGAAGGAAUGAGUGAUGAUGCCCCCUAUGUGAGUGUGAAUUUGAGAUGGACCAUCACACCGGGAACUGCGUCCCAUGCUCUUUACGACUGAAUGUGUGGGUUUUUUAACCUCCCACAGAACAGCUUAUCAUUACUGCAACGGUUGUGAGACGGGGCCUACGGUUUAUCGUCUUUAUCCGAGAAUUAAGACUAGAAUGUCUAACCGUUUGAGAUGUCAUUUCAAGGCAGCACUUUCUCCUCGGACCCGCCCGGGUUUCAACCAGCGGCCUUCAGUUCAGCAUUGACCGGCGCUUUUCCAUUUGACUGAGCUAACCUGGGCGGCGUCCAUAAUAAUACUUCUUCGCCUUGAAACGCGUACAUUUUUAUGCGUUUUGGCCUUGAGUCGACGUUAAAAUGAUCAAAAGCCCAGGUAUGCUUCGUUCCGACUAGAGGCUAUAUUUUCUUCAAAAGUAGUUUCAUUGGUAAAACUGUGUUGUGUCAAUACGUAUAUCGAACAUUUUAUCGAACAUUUCGUCAUGUUUUUGUUUAAACUCAUUAAAUAACGUUGCUUUUUUACACUAUAUACAUGCCGUCUGUUUCCUUUCUUCAGCGCCCUCGGCUCCACCGGCCGUUAUCACCCUUGACAUGCACAAUUCUAGUGCCUUACUGGCUACCUGGAAGGAUGUUCCGUUAAUUGAUCAAAAUGGAAUCAUUCUUGGCUACCAGAUUCAAUUACAGCAGGAAGAAGGCGGCCCAAUUGUGUGGAAUGUAACCCUUGGAUCGAAUCAUACUUCAUUUCAUUUUACAGACCUUUCCAUUUUCCAGAAUUACUCACUACAGGUAAAACUAAGCGAGCUAGGUAUUUGUGAACAUACCGUAAAAUUCCGAAAAUAAGCCCCUCCACGUAUAAGCCGCUCCAAAUAUAAGCCCCCCAAACCUGUAACGCAAAAAUAUAAGCCUCCCCGGGGCUUGUACUUAGAAAAUCGCCUCAGAUACAAAGUAAAAGAAGCAAAAACAGUAAAUUUACUUCCAACUAUAAGGCUAGCCCAAUCUGUUUUGAAACGCAAGUUUCCCUCCAUAGAUAAGCCCCUCCGAAUAUAAGCCCCUCCAAAAAUAAGCCCCUCAAAAAGGGCCUUUGAAAAAUAAAAGCCCCGGAUCUUAUUUUCGGAAUUUUACGGUAUGGUUGGAUUUAGAAUCAACUGUUCAAUAAGUUCCCCUUUGUUUGUUGAGGUCUCUUGUAAUGACAGCCAUCUUUUCUUGUGUCACCUUCAUUUCAGGUCAUGGCGUACAACAGAAAAGGAGCUGGUCCAUACAAUGACAAGGUCUAUCAGAUGACGGAUGGAGCUGGUUAGUGAAUGAAAUAAACUCAGUGUUCAAUGCUUAGAUAAUUUGCCCAGUACACUCAUGGCUUUUUUAGGACCUUGGGGACUGGUGCCGACUUUUGUUAAAGUUUGUUUCAAUUUGUGUGAAGUGUGACUGAGCAAUCAUCCAUAUUUGUAAUACAGGGAUAUUAUUUUUACUAUAAUAGGCGUUUCUUUUAUGACUUUAGUUUAAAGCUAAUAGUCAGUGAACAUGGAGAAAAUCAUUGAAGAUACCCUUUUAGACGUUUUGCUUUUUUAAAAUUUCUCAUAGCCAUGUUUCGGUGCAUAUUUCCCUCUAUCUUUUUUGAGUGGUCCCUUUCGAGAAGCUACGCCAUCGUUUAUAUUAUUCUCUGAUAAAUUUCACUUUGUUACUAAUUCUUUCAGUGCCUAUAAAUUCUCCGACAAAUCUAAGAGCGCACAACAUCAGCGCAACUGCCAUCCAAAUACAAUGGGAUUACGAUGACGAUCCCCGGUUGGUGUUAGGCGAUCUGUCAGGUUUUACACUGUACCUUCACGAGGCCAACGCUGACGAUGCGUUCACGAGUAACGGGCAACUACUGACGUAUGUAAGGGGUAUAAAUAGAUCCACUCUGAUCGACGGACUGGAGAUUUUCCGGUUGUAUAACGUUUCCAUCGCAGCUCGAACAAAUAAAGGCGAAGGACCUGUUAACGAGUCCGUGAUUGUCAGGACACAUGGUAAAGGUAUGUAUUUCCUUGUCAAGAUUUUUACUUCCUUCUCUACUUGUUUGAUUGUCCACAGUAAGCAAUAAAAUUAACAAAGCGUUCAUGGGUUAUGUACCUUUUGGUCUGCACCUUAAUGAAGAAAGUCUGCUCAAAGCGUUGUAUGUUAUUAAGACUUCGUGUUGCCCUGCGAUUGUAUACAAUACGCGCUACAUGAAGAGACUAAAAUUGACCAAUCACAGAACGAGAGGCGACUCAGCCAAAAAAGUAUUUGGCCUUAUAUAUUAUUGGUCCGCCUGUAAUUUGAGGUCCCGAGAUCGAUUUGUCACCCAUGCAUAAAUCAGACAGUUUUGAUUUUAUGAACUUCGAUAACAACUGAUAAAAAGGCAGCAAUUAUUAAGGUAAAAGUAUCAACUGCUUGGAAGAAUAUGCUGUUAUCACUUUAUAUUGCCUGCUGUACGAUAGUAAACACCCUUGAUUCGAAAAUUUCUUAACUUAUUAGCAACUUAUGACUUUUUUUGCGACAUUCCACAGCACCAGGAGCCUCGCCUCAGUCCCUUGCUGUCCAAAACAUUAGUUCCUUCAGCAUAUACUUACUCUGGCGAGAAGUAAUGUCCGAAUACCGUUAUGGAAUCAUGCGGGGCUACAAAUUGUCAAUCUAUAAGAGGACAUCGGAAGGUUUUAAAAGCUUGGAAAAUCGAACUAAUGGACUAUUCUCCCCAAAAGCAAAUCUCACUGGACUCACGCCUUUUACAACCUAUAAGGUGGAGGUUUUAGGGUUUAACGACUUUGGUGACGGUCCAUCGACUGCUGUGGAGGUUCUGACUGACGAAUCAUGUAAGUGCAUCGUAUUGUCUUUGCUUUACAAUUCCAGUAAAAAUUGCACCUGUUUUAUAUUGCAGUGGUAAUCCAUUUAUUCUGGAGUGUUUCGGUUGAGGGCUUGUCUGACCAACUCACGAGUAAGUGACAGACGGGCUGACUGACCUGACUGACAAAAAAAUUGUUCUCACUGUAUUCUUAAUUGCUUGAUGUUUCAACGUGUCCAGGCCCCGGUUGUUAAAACGUUGGACAGGAUCAGCGGAUAAAUCACAAUCCGGCGGAUAAGUAUUAGGGUAAACGAUUGCACUUUCCAUUUAAUACAGAUUUAUAUCCUCCUUUUGCACAACUCGGGCCAGAUCUUUACUUCGUUUCCACUUUCCAGACCCUUCCCAGCCUCCGAGUAACUUCACAGCUUCCAAUGAAAGUUCUACCGCCGUGCGUCUGUUCUGGAAGCAAGUUCCCGAAUGCUGUCGAUUGGGAAUCAUCUUGGGCUAUCACAUAACCCUGACCGACCCAUACAACGCUUCUGUGAUUGCAAGGAAAAUUACUGCCAUUCUGACGGGGAACUUUUUAGGUCUUAAAAAGUUCCAUAAGUACAAUUUAACCGUCGAGGCGUUUAACAGCAUAGGCUCCAGUCCGAAGGCAUUUACGUCGGCUUUUACAGAUCAGGAUGGUAAAGUUAUUUUGUAUGUCUUUUGCUUAUCGAGCUAUAACUUGGACGUUCACUUCUCAAACUCAUUAAUAUUUCAUAAACAAAAUACAAAGGAAAUUGAUGUUUAUUGAGUUGUUGGAAAUCAGAUGAAAAACUGCUCAUUUUUGCAUCCUUAAUUUCCCCUUCUAAAAUCAUAUUGUUUGAGAAGUAAUAUCAAGCAUUCGACACAGUGUUUCAUCAUCAGAUGAAACACCUCGAAGUUCGUCAAAAAUACUCCGUUGCGCGUCGUAUUUUCAACUCUCUUUUGAGUGUUUCAUCUGGUGCUGAAACACUGCGUCUCAUGCUUGAUAUAUUUCUUCAGAUAUUACUCAGCUUUUUACUCAUAUAGCUAUGGUUUAAUCAUAAAUCUCACAAAAGGGAUCAUUCGAUCACUCAUUUUCAUUCAAACUAAUUUCCUGUGCACAGCUAUUGCAGUACUUUGCCAUUCUUUUUCAGUGAACCUAACUCGGUUACUGUGAAAUGUCCAAAGUGCAAAAGAGUAAAACAUCCGUGGCUUAAGUGGGGAGGCGCGUAUAAAUAUUUUAAGUGUUUAACCUCGAUCGCCAGAGUUCUUUCUUAACUCUUGUUAACAACUGUGGGAGGGGGUAGGGGGAGAGUACAAACCACGCGGAAAACUUCUCGAACUUGAUAUUAAUACUAGAAAACCGGACACUGGACGUAGUUUUGAGCAGACACUUGUUUUCAGAAAUAAAAAACUUGCUUAAAGAUAUUGUUAUUGAUUUUUUGUUUCAGUCCCAGAGGCUCCUCCACAGAAUAUCAGUGGCUAUAACAUUAGCAAAUCAGAAAUUCUGGUAUCCUGGAAACCGGUUCCUGAAGAUAAAGUAAACGGUAUCGUUAUCGCAUACAAUGUGACGUACAGCAAGAUCGGAGGGGAUCCCCACUCAGGAUGCAAAAUCUUCAAUGGAUCUCGUUCUUAUGGUGUAAUAGAUGGAUUACUACCUUUCACGGUGUACGCAUUGAAUGUGAGCGCUUCUACUGUCAAAGGACAAGGUCCAGCUAGUCCGGCUAUUACUGUAAAGACAGAGGAAGAAGGUAGAGGGUUUUUAGUUUCUCUGUUAAGAGUCAGGGUGAGGAAUGAAUCCCCAAACUCUUUACAUGUAUUUCUCCCCACUCUCUGUCACUGCGUUGAAAUGUUACGCGAUUCGUCUCUUUGUUUUGUACAGGACGGGCAUCAGUUUUGUUCGAUUCGUACCUUUAGGAUGAUAAAACUUAUCUAGCUGAUAAUGAAAAUACUUCGCAAAUGAGACAACUUUCGUAUUAAACUAACAUAAAUCUGUUACAUACAAGAUGUUUUGUGUCUAGACAUACUCCAAGUGACUUCCUGUCAUCUCUUUCGCCAAAGUUCCAUCUUCCUUGGUUUGCCACGAAGGGUUAGUGGGUUUAACCAAGCUUCUCCAUGUGUUAGUUGGGGACAGCAAAGGUUAAAAGGAAAAACAUUCCCGGGGAUACCAUUGAUGCCUGGGCCAUUUCAAUUGGGGUUUUUCCUCGAAUGCUGGUUAUUUGCAGUAUAUAGCCUGGUUUUUACGAAAGUUACAUCACUAAAGUAACCAUAUCCGUAAAUUUGUCACCGAGAAGGUGUUUCCAAAACUCAGAGCAAAAAUAAAGAAAACAAGACAAAUAUUGCGUCCAAAUCACUCGUACUUCAACAGCGUUGUGAACCCGUCAAUUCACAAGCUGAUGAAGUACGAGUGAUUUGGACGUAAUAUUUGUUUCGUUUUCUUUAUUUUUGCCUUUAGUUUUGGAGUUUUCUAUACUAAAUGUAAAUUCGUCGUUUUCUUCAGCCCCUCAGGUUUCACCCGCGCGAUUUACAGGCUUCAACACAAGUUCGACAUCUAUUGGAUUAAGCUGGGAUCCAAUCCCCCAGGAACAGGUGGCAGGAGUCCUGACCAAUUUUUACAUCACUUAUCGCCAGUUAAACACCGCUGACAAUACUACACACACUCUUGCUGUACCCAUAACCAACCUCUCAUUUGAAUUAACCAAUCUCCGGAAAUAUACCAACUACAGCUUGGAGGUUAAAGGAGCUACGAAGUUUAUUGGAAUACCUACUAAACCCAUCAUUAUCACAACGGACGAGGACAGUAAGAAACUUUUUUUGUUGUUUGUGACCAUUUGUCAGCGCCGAAGAAUUUCGAUCUCCAGUUCGGUUGAUUUAAACUGGGUUCACGAAGCGGUUUUUAAAUGAGCGCUUUACAAGUAAUAGCUAUGGUUAUUUACACCGCCUUGAAAACCGAUGAGAACGUAAAUCGAAGUAGUUUUGCACUACAGUUACCAUUUGAAAUUGGAUUUUUGUUUACUUCCGCUUAAUGAAGACAAAGGCGCUAGAUGUUACUGUUGCAGCAAGUUUUUUUUGUCCUUGAUUGUAGCAAUAGCUAAUUAGCAAAGUAUCAACAGUUUAAAAUUAAAUAAGUUUUGUUGACGUAUUUUUCAUGAUUUUUUUUAUUUAAGUUCCUUUUUCUUAGUUCCUAGCCUUCCGCCUCAAAAUAUUAAGAUUCGAAACUCCAGCUCCACGAGCAUUUUCGCCCACUGGAAGCCAAUUCCCCAAGAUUCUGUUCACGGUAUAUUACUGGGGAUUAAACUUGUAUACCAGUCCGCGCCCAGAGACAACAGCAUAGUGUUCAGGUCCCGCUCAAGGCGUUCAGUAGAAGAGGGCUGGUCCGAGUUCACUAACAUCACUUUACCUCCAAACGCACUGUCUUAUGAGCUGACGUCAUUGAAAAAAUUUACAAACUACAGCAUUUUCGUUCUUGGUUUUACCGUUAAAGGAGAUGGAAAUGUCAGUCAGCAGUUUGUUCUAUCUACAGAUGAAGACGGUAGGCAGGAGUUUUUAUUUGCUUUAUAAGUGGCGGGAUUCACCAAGUUUUAGGAUACGAUAUAUACUAGGUAUUGUUUCUCAGGGGUGGUCUGCUUGUCGGAGACAAAUCUAAGGUGUCUCUUCUUAAUUAAGUUAAACCCUGUCCACAUUGUCCAUACUACGACGUUCACACUACAACUAUAAGAAAGGGAUGCUUCGAAAACCGCGCUCUCGGAGGAGGAGACUUUUGAAAAGGAGUCUAUAGUUUAGUGUGCCGGGACAGGCAAAUGAACAUCAGAAGCCCUCGGGACAAAUUCGUGAAUUCGUCGCCGACCUGUUAAUUCAUUUCCUGCAUGGUCAUCUUCCGCGCGACACAUCUUUGCACUGAAAGGCGGUGUAAUUCAGUUCAACACUAACCCUUCUUCUAUUUCUAGUUCCAAGCAAGCCACCUACGGCACUUGUUCCUAUAUCGCGCAGCGGAGACUUUCAGAUGAACGUAUCCUGGGGACCAGUGCCAGAUGGGUUUGUUCACGGUGUUUUGCGAGGCUACCGACUCUAUUUCAAGAAAACACGAGAAACGGGGCGUGCUGCCUCUUCAGCCACUCGCGUUAUCACAUUCGGUCCUAAUGAGUACCAUGCGACCAUGACCCUUCUCAAGAACUUCGCCAUGUACAGCUUGGAAAUAACAGCUUUCACUAUCAAAGGAGAAGGACCAAGAACCGAGAUUAAAGAAGGAGGUGGGUCCUCAUGUCAGGCAAUGGCUACAAAAAGCCGUGAAAAUUCCUGCUGCGUUCCGUGAUAAAAGGCUCGAGACAAAUGUUUUUCUUUUAGACCUUAAAGGUUCUGUUUGAGAUAAACAUAACUAAUGUCAUCCGACCUAUAUCCUUGUCUCCAACCAAUAUACAGCACUCAUAAAACCUGAAUUAAAUAAGCCAUUCCGAGUUGCCUAAAGCCCCUAUUUCAAAGCGAGGCUAAGAGCAAAUCCAUUGAUAUGAAACUGAUGUUUUAUUCUCAGGCAAUUAAAACACAUUUUCACAACAAAGGUUUCACACUUAGCCUUGUUUUGAAAGUGUUUGGAACUCGGAAAUGGUCUUUACAUUGCUAUUUUCUUCGUAAUCACUGUAUAAUUUUGAAGCCAAGUCAAAUGGUAAAGGUAAAGGCGCAAACGAGCCAAAGGCCCAAACGGGCGGAGCUUAUCCUUGUCUCCCUAGCAUGAAGUAUGCCUAGGAAUAUCGCUACUUCCCCCUGGACGGGAUGCUAGUGCAUCACAGGUAAAGCUCCCAGCGGCAUGUCGCCGGUACCCAAUAGGUGGGGCGAUCUUGCAGCUCUCGGAAGACCCCACGGGACUGGAUUGCAACCGGUUGGGAAAAACAAUAAACAAACAAAGUUAACAAUGGAACGUAGCCCGAAAACAAAAGAGCCGUGACCCAUAGGGGAACCAUUAAAUUAGAGUUCUGAAGACCUGCAAGGCUACUGAUUUGAACACCUGGGUGAAGAUAGACAAACUGGAGAAAAGUUCCCUCGCUAAGAAAACAACGCGGACGGGCGAGGCUUGAACCCCGAACCUCCAAAUCCGGAGUUCGAGGUGUUAACCGUUCGGCCACUCGAGCCUCCACCAUUAAAAUGUUUUUUUUUUUUUUUCAUUUUCAUUUGCUCCAGCCACCUGCAAGUGUCCUCGAGUGUUCAAGACAAAUUGGUACCCAUUCUCACCUUAUGUUAAGUUCGAAAAUGGCUCAUUGGGGGGUUUCAUGCCCCAUAUCUUAGAACAUGCAGUGGAGCAUUGCUGUAGUGACUGCAAACAAGCCAAUGGGAAAUCGGCAUCUACCAUUGACUUUGACUCCGAUGGAAAAGGCAAUUUGGCCAGGAAAUCUGGUGUCGAUGAGUUAAUCCAUAGCAUUGACUCGGAUACUGAUUUUAAUCUGCCUGUAAAUGGUUACGAAGGACAGACGCACUAUUCACUGUAUCGCUACGUCAAGUUAGCCGAGUCACCAGGAGUUGCUUUUAUCACUGUUAUGGAUGAGGAUGUGAAGAUUGUAGCUGUGGCUAAUGUUUUCUUCAAUUGUUGGUCUGUGCUCUUGCUCUCCGCCUUUAUGAUGGUGAUGGCCGGUGUUGUUAUGUGGAUCCUGGUAAGUUAACUUGCUAAUAAAGCCGUCUUUCCUCGCCCCCUUCAGGCUUAGACGUUUUGCAGGAGAGACUCUCCUAGCCUGCGCGUAGCAAGCGCUUCCGUUUGGUUUCGGAGCAAAGAAAGACCGGGGAACGGGAUUCUUGGUUUUGGCCGCGCAAGAAAUGAAACCAGAGCCAAAAAAGUGAAAGAGGGGGGAGGGGGAGGGGAAGGAAGGAAACUUUCCUUCCCGUCCCCCUCCCCGCUGUUUUACUUGCGCCAUUUUUCGCGCGGUCUUUGACUCUCGUUCUUCGUUCUUUGCUCCUAAACCGCACGGAAACGCUUGCUACGCAGGCCGAGACUCUCCUAGGAGUGAGGAGAGACAGGUGUAUUCGCAGGCUAAGUAAGUUUCAACAAAUAAAAUCAGUAAAUUUAAAUCCAAUGAAGCGACUUCAGUUAGAAUUUUAAAUUAAAUAGAAAGAAAACUAAGCGAAUGAUAAAUCAGUCUAUUAAUCGACGUUGUUUAGCCAUCUUGCAGUUAUAAACAUUCAUGUAUGCUAAAAUAAUCAAGUUUGUCGUUUGAAAUAGAGCGAAGCGCGAGGUCUCACGAUCAUGGGCAGAAGAAGAACGGCACCUUCCCGCCGUCCUUUACAUUUGGAUGGAUAGAGGAAGAUGUCAGGCUACGAGAUAGUCCAAUGCGUCCUUCUGGCGCACUAAUUUGAAGUACGUUAUCUGCCUUAACUAAAAGUCCUCUUUUCUAAUGAAGUGGCCAUCUCUUUUGUAAUAGGACACUCGAUCAAACAGAGCUGAAUUUCCGGGCUCAUAUAUUCAAGGCGCUUAUGAGGGAUUUUGGUGGGCAUUUGUUACAUCUACAACGGUGGGGUGAGUCAGACAUUGUAGCGCAGCAGGUAACCUUCGUAGCAACCCCCGCUGGAGUCAAUUAUAGAACUGCGACUUUAAAAGACGAAUGUGGAUAAAUUACUACAGUGCAGCCAACCUCUUUGGCAAUAAAAGAAAAAAAAGGAUUUGGAUUUUAAGAACCCUUGGAAUGUAAAGUGUUAAAUAUUUGCUCAGCCAUCCUUUCAAGUGUGCCGAUUUUCCAAGAACAUUUCUGUACACCAUGUUCAGUUCUUUUAAACUUUCUCUUUAAGUUUUACAGUGAUAAAUCUUGAAUGUAUAGAAGCCCUUAGGGUAAUUAACAGUUCGUCAACGUUCCUCUGGAAUACUUUCAUUUGUCUGGGAAAGACAAAAUUUUCAUUCUCAAAAGAGGAAAAAGAUCAAGAAAGGGCUCCUCUCUCCCCCCCAUGAUCCUGGUAUCAAAUGACGAAUUCAAGGUUGGAAAUUAAGUGUUAAUAUUUAAGUUCUUUUUUGGAGGUAUCUUACAUUUAUAUGAAAGGAUCUUUUCUUUGUCAGGGAAAAGUUUUGAUCUUAAUGUAAAUUUAUUUCCAGCUUCCAGCGUUUCCUAUUUCGAUUCCUAUAAUCUCGUACCCAGAUCUCACUCUGUCUAACCUUCGCCAGGGAGAUCUGGGUACGAUAUUUCCUCACAAAAAUAACACUUUUCUUUUCAAAGGUACGGAGACAAAUGUCCGCGAGGGGUAGUAGCUCGCUUGUUUGGAAUCACGUGGACAUUGAGUGGUCUAGUUGUUAUGGCCAUUCUCACAGGAACAAUCGCUACAGCUUUAACAGGAUUCGGUGUCGAAGGGCCCUACAUAUCACUGUAUGGCACCAAGGUUAGUUUUAGUUCUUAGUCGAGGCAAAAUCUGAGCGUGACUACUUCAGAUUUUCAGGAGUUGAGGAAAGAAUUAUCCAGCUCUUUUUUUACUGACCUCUUUAGGAAUAGGUCAUGAUGGCUUUAAGUAAGAAAGCAGAGAAAAAGGAACUUGAAAAGGAACCAUGAAACUUUGAAAUCCAUGUUUAAUUUUUUGAGAAAAUUAACAUUUUAAGAUAUAUAAACGUGACAUGCCGUUUUAAUUUUGCGAAACAUUUUUGAGAAAAUCACAAACAUUUGAUAAGAACAAUCUCCAGUUGACGGACUAAACGAACUUUGUUUUCCUGCCGUUUUUAAGUCAUUUUAUUGGUCAAUACAAUCAAAAACGCAACUUUCAGGUCAAUAACAAAAACAGAUACCCUCUCUAAUGACGAUAAUAAAAACAGAUACCGUCUGGUUCCUGGAGAGACUCGACUGCAUCUUCCAUUUCCUUUAAAUCUUUUUGUUUUUAUUUUUUUUCCCCCCAUAAAGCCAUAUUGUUUGCUCUUUUCUUUCCUUCUUUAGGUAGCAGCCAUAGCGAACAACUCUGACUUUCGACUCGGAAUAAGGAAGAAUGCCAAGAUAAGCACAGGUAAAAAUUCACUCGUGAAUAACAACUGUACAUUGUUUAGGCGCUUUAAGUUCAAUUAUUAAAGCUAUUUUAAAAUAUUUAUUACUGACAGGCGAUACCAUGUUAGUAGCAAUGAUAGACGCAGGGUGACUGGGUGUUUCACCUUGAAGGGGGAAGCAGGAGCAUAGAGAAACACUUGCUUUUUAUUGUGCUGUAUGAAGUGGAACUAUUCAAAUGAAAACUUGGGAGCGUUAAAGAAUUGUCUAUUCUGGUUCACGAGAUGAAUCCAAAUUUUGUAUUUUGAUGUUGCGGAAAUCAUCCUCUCAUAAUACUUCAGGGCAGGGAAGAUAGUUCAAGAUUUGUAAAACGAUUUUUAAUUAUUUCAAAGAGCAUAGCUACAAGACUUACGAGGAGAUCAGCCAAGCACUGGCCAACAGAGAGGUGAAAGGCGCCUUGGUGGACCUUUAUGUGCUGUCCUCUCACAAACAUCUGUUUGAGGACCCUCGAUUUAGGAUCGUCCGUAUUUACGACUACAAGGCCAGUUAUGGAGUGGUCCUUACUGGUCAUUCAAUGAAGCUCGAGGAGUGUUUUACCGAGCAUAUAAAGGGCGAUUCUGCUGAAGUCUAUGAGAGCAUUGAGGAAAAUAUUAAGAUACUUAAGGUAUGUAACAUAAACAACACUAGGCCCCUUUUAAUUUACAGCUACGUCACCAUAAAAGAAAAUAAAUCAGGGCCCUCUCAACUUACAGCUACGUGAUGGCAUGGACUGAGCUGCGAGCUACGAAAAUACAACAUUGUUGAUAACAUAAAGUAACUUGAUAGUGAUAAACAACAAGGCUGUCUUCCUGAGGGCAGAGCGGGCCUGCGGUACACGAACAAUAAUCUAUACUUUAAAACGACCUCACACGAAAGUAACUGCUUAAUACGAAGACUUAAGCAUGCCCCUUCGAUGCCUAUUUAACUGGGUUGCAUGGUGUUUACAAGAGAAGCGGAAGUAGAGUGCCCUGGGGAUCUCCCGAACGUCCCAUUCGCGUUGCGCUUUCGUCCACUAACCGGGAACAAGUGAUUGGUGCGCUUUUAGGCGGACCUGGGAUUAAAAUUAAUGUCCCAAGAUUUUUUGUUUACUCCUCACUGUUGAAUUUCUUCUAGGAGCCACCCGACAGUCCAGCCGAACAGCAAUCCACAGGCCUGUUUAGAGCCACUUCCACAAAGUUUAUCAUCGCGGUGACUGUAACUAGUACUCUGCUGAUAUUAGCGUGUAUCUUGGGAAUAAUCUUUGAGAUGUGCCACAAGAAGACACCCGAUGGUUGGUUGGAGCCUUUUUUAAAAGUGUUACAAAACCAAACUUAUCAAUCACAAUGCUGUAAGGCCUCGGCCAAACGUCGCACUUUUCAUGAGACGAGUUAAACUCUAAUUGGGUCGACCUAAAUUAAGAACGUCUGUUGGGUCAGGCGUCAAACUUGGUACACACCAAACCCAAUUUGAGUAAAUUUUCUCCUGAACGAGGCUAAAUAAACAUCAUCAUACAAAUUUUAAAUUAUUAGUUUAGUUCGUCGAAUGGGAAGAUCGACGUUUGUCCCGGAGACGAUCCUCAGACGUUCUAUGCCUCUGAAGUAGACGGAUAAACCGUGUUGGACGAUCAAACCUCAUUCCGACAACCUCAGCUGAGCCAGACGUCGAACUUUUCACGAACUCAACUCACCAAGUGAAAAGUUCCAACGGCCCAGGCCUAAGAAAUCCUAAUGAACCAAUAACAUUUCUACGCAAUAGCAAGUGCUUAACUAUUACUUUAAUUGUUAUGAGUUACGAAUAUUGGCCUAGAUGUUUUAGCCCAUCACAGUCUGUCACAGAGCAAACAAUCUGACAAUGCAGUUUUAUAGCUGCAAGGGCCUACGUUGAUUUGUAUGCUGGCUCUUAACCAGGAAGUAUUGUAGAUCCGAAAAGAGUUUACAAAAUAAAACUCAAACAGAAACCAGGUAAGAUCGGAUUUUCGCGCAUUUGGUUAUAGAUAUGCGAAUUUGGGCGUUAUAAAUUCAAGUAACAAAAUCAUUAUCAUCACCAUCAUCAUCAAAUGGAACGAAAAAUCGAAAGUCGGUCGCAGAAAAAUUAAGAUAUAGGUAAAGAGGAAGGCUAUCUUUAUAGAAACUAGAUUGCCAAAAAAAGGAGGAAAAAAAGACAAAUCUCGAACCCAGACUCAAAGAAUGUAAUUAUCCUAAAACACUUUAUUUUCUGUCGUAGAUUUGAAGCAAAGCAAGGAUCUGAAGAAUGACAUGAGUCCCAUAGUGGAGAAUUUUCUAUCCAGAAUGAAGAAGAUAGUGCAGGACAUGUCAAAACGGCAUCGUCGUCAGCAAUGUGUAGUUAUGCGAGCGGAGAAGGAUCGUGAAGAACAGGCGGUCGCUUUAGUGAAUCAGUAUUACGAUAUGCUAAGCUCGCGGGACAUUCGACAAGACUGGUUCUCUAAGAGUCCUGUAAAAUCGGAAAUAGAGAUUCAAGACAUCAAACCAACGGUCUGGCCUUUCCUUGAUACGCCAAAAACUGGGACACCGUCGUUUAUGAAAAGGAGAAGUGGUUUCUACAAACCUAACACCAGACAAACGCUAGAACCAACUGUUCGCGUCUUGGAAGAGUCAAGGUUAUGA